AUGUAUACUGGACAGAAGAUGAUGGCACCUGUCAGCAUCCCCAGUCAAGUCCCACUGGAGAUCCUGCUCCUCCUCUUCGGUCUCUGCAGACCAGUCGAGCAAUACAUGCUCCUCUUCUCCGCCCCCGAGCUCAUCCACCGACUCUCCUCCAAGCAGCUCAUGACGCGGGAAGCCAACGGGGACACUCUCCUGCAUAUCCUGGCCAAAGACCAAGGUCCAUCGCGACAACUCGCGCGGGCUCUCUUCUCCAAGAAAGACCUAGACGUCAACGUGCAGAACAACAACUGGAAGAUCCCCUUAGUAUGCGCAGCCCAAUACGGGAACCACUGGCUUGUCAAGCUGCUGCUGGAGCGGGGCGAUUUCAACAGCUACAUGCUGGACUACUUCUACUUCACGCCGCUGGUGUGGGCAGCUAAGAAGCAGGACGAGGGAUUAGUGAAGAUCUUGCUGGCGAACAGGAAUGUCCGGCCAAAUGAAGUGGAUAUUUUCCGGCGAACAGCACUAUCGUAUGCAGCAGAGUAUCGGAAUGAGGCGAUUGUGCGGUUGUUGCUGGCGGAUGAGGAUGUUGAUGCGGAGUGGAGUGAUGAGACGGCGCGAUCACCACUGUCUUAUGCGGCAGAGGCCGGGAGUAAGAGGAUUGUGGAGUUGCUGUUGGAUCGCGAGGAGGUAAAUGCGCAUUCGGUGGAUUCGUUUAUGAAGACGCCGUUUGUGUGGGCGGCAGAGUAUGGACAUUUGGAGAUAAUGAUGAGGUUGGAGGAGUGUGAGUAUUGA